AGCCCCACCAACUUACCAGCCCGAAGCGCCGCCGUGGCUGUCGGUGUCGCUUCCCCCCCCAUCACCAACCGUUGAUCACCAUCACGCAACCACCGGCACCAUGUCCAGCGCCUCACAGCCCAAGUCCCUAAGUCCGGAGGAGGAGACCUUGGACUCCUCCCCGGCACCCGAACUCCAACACCUCUCCCGCCACCUCGACGGAGUCCCCUCCAACUCCAAGCCCGAGCUCGAAGGCGAGGCCCCGCCGCAAGGCCACGAGCUGGUGCUCGUGACACCAGACUUCCCCAUGGAUGCACCGGCGUUGCAGCCGCCGCCGCUGAAGGAGGAACCGCGACGGCGAGGAUCCCGGCGGCGGGCUGAGUGGACUCCACCAGAGGGCUUGCAGAUGAUCGUACAAGAGAGGAAAUCUGGCAGGAGCAAGGGAAACAAAGAUACAUAUUACACUCUUCCGGGAGUACGCACAAAAUUCAGGUCCAUACCAGAAGUCCAAAGAUAUCUCGAGAAAAAACCCGUUAGGAUUUGGAGGAAGAAUUCUGGAACUCGGCCUUCCCAACCUGCUGAAGCCGGAAGUUCCUCUAACCCGUCGGACCCACAACCAGCUGCAGAAUCUUGUCCAGAGGAACCUAAAGAACAAACUAAAGAUGAGGAACGAGCAGAACGACCUAAGAGUAGACCAAAGUUAUGCGUGCAACGGAACUUGUUCAAGCGUUCUCGUAGGCACAAGCACAAGAAGCUCUGAGGCAACAGAAGAGGGGGAUACUCUUUUUUUUUUUCGUUUCAGUUUUGCCUUGUAAAUAAUUCUCUUAUUGCUGUCCUAUGAGCAUUUUUUCCCUCUGCAGUGCUUUGGUGCCUGCCUAAACCUUUGAUGUAUAGCCUUACCAUCUCAAAAUCCAAUAAUGUGCAUACCAGUACUUACAAAGAUCUGGUGUUUUCAAGAAUCUUUAGAUGCUGUAUGAGAUCGUACAAAGUGGAGAAGAAUUUAAUAAUUUGUGUGAAGCAUGGGACUAAUAUUUCUUCAUUAUAUUGUAUGGUUGUGACAGAAUCUACAAA